AUGAGCUUCGCAUGCUGUGGUUGCACACGCGUCUUUGGCAGCAAGAAGGCCUUAGAUGUGCACGAGAAGAAUUUUGCGGGGGUCAUCACUACUGCAUUCCAGCGAUUCUCCUCUAGUCUUGCCAACUCGCCACACGACUUACUAAAAGCCCUCUUACCGAGCCUGCACCAUCUACUGCAAGCCCUCGAGUCUGACUCUACUGAGCCCCGAGAACCAUCUCCGCUCCGAACGUCCCUGUCCAACUUGUUACAAGCACUUGAGCACACUCCCAUACCGUGUCCGGAUCCCCGUUGUGGAAGAAGAUUCGACAGUGAAAAGAAUUUGAAGCGCCACUAUGAAAAACGGGAGCUCAACACCGAGCAGCGGGUCCUCGACGAUUCCAAUCUCAUGCGCCGACAUCUAAAAAGAACUCGAGAAGAAUGCGAGGAGGGCAAAGGCGCUGAUGAUGAGCGUGGAUGCAGUAAUGGCUCGUGUGUAGAUCGCGGAGUUGGUAAAGGUAAGCGUGGAGAGAGCGAAGUUAGCAACGAAGAGUCUGAGGACUCGACCUUAACCCCUUCGGACAACCUGAGACCUGAGCAGAUGUCAUCAUCCAAAGACCAGACGGCUCGGCAAAAUACGGUCAGACAGGAGGGGCAGUGUUCUUCAGCAUACGAGAAUAUCCCAGCAGCUCAACAAGAACCUUUUUCUUACGUUCAAAACUCUCUCUUCGAUAGUGGUCCAUCUGGUGGUGGAUCCGGUGGUCCUACCAUCCUCAUUUCAAGGAACGAGGCAACAAUGUCUUUCAAUAUUAAUGGCAUUUCCCAUCCAUACCCAUGGAGCAACACUGAAGUUACUGCUACUGCUCAGGCGCCAUCCACCACAUAUGGGAACCAUGCCGAAGGACUGGAACCACAGUCAAACGGUUGGGUUCCAGGCGCUGUGCAGGCACCGGAACCAGCACCAACGAAUUAUUUGCUCGUCGAAAACGAUGUUAGAUAUGCGCAGGCGCCAGCACUCGACAACCACCCAGUUGACCAGCCAGUUGCUCUUGACAAUAUGUUCGGAACGCAACACAACGACAAGAUGGCUAGUGGACACCCCUUGCAGCUGGACUAUCUGGACUAUGGAGCACAGCGCCAUCCUCCAUGA